AUGGGAGGUGUUGUGUUGGUGAUAAUUGCAGCAUCACUUCUAAUGGGUUGCACCAAUUUAGGUGUAGCUCAGAAGGAAUCCGGGGUCAUGCAUGUAGGUGGAAAGGUACUGUGCCAGGAUUGCACUCAGGGAUGGCACGAAUGGGUUCAUGGUGGCAAGCCCAUCAAAGGUUGCAAGGUAUCAAUAACAUGCAUGGAUGAAAGAAGUAGAGUUGUGUAUUAUGCGAGUGAUUUGACCGAUGAAUUGGGCCAAUUUGACAUCGCUGUAAACAAAUACGUACACGGGAAGGAACUCAAAGCCAAGCUAUGCUCUGUGAGACUGGUGUCGUCACCGGAACCAACUUGCAACAUUCUCACAAACUUCGCUGGUGGCCGGCGAGGAGUGAAGCUCAACCAACCGACGUUGGUGUACCGAGAUGUGAUUAAAUACAUGCUAGGCCCAUUUUACUUUACAAACCCAUUGUGUGAAGAACCCAAUACCAACGAAUAA